GGGAUACUCAUACGGAAUGAUCUGGAGGUAAAAAGUCGCGUUUGGUACUCGUGUGUGUGUGUGUGUGUGAGAGAGAGAGAGAGAGAGAGAGAGACAUGCCCUUGGUGAAGAGGAGCAUUAAGCCACAUCAUGUGUGUCGGGUCGCUGUACCUGAGAGUGUCGGCUGUGAACUGGAGUGUGUAACAAACAACACACUGUCUUCCAUCAUCCACCAACUCAGCAGCCUCAGUAAACAUGCGGAGGACGUGUUCGGAGAGCUGUUCAAUGAAGCAAACGGUUUUUACAUGCGUGCAAACUCACUGCAGGACCGACUGGACCGGCUUGCUGUCAAAGUCACACAGCUGGACUCCAACAUCGAGGAAGUGUCUCUGCAGGACAUUAACAUGUGGAAGGCCUUUAGAAGCUCCACUGCAGAGGAUCAGCAGGUCAUGUCCCGUAUCAGCAUCCCAAGCCCUGUAGCUGAGAUGUACAGCAGCUGUGAGAAACCGCCAGCACUCAGUGUGCUCUCCACCUACAGAGAGGAUCAUGUGGAUGGAAUGAAGUUCUACACGGAUCCUUCUUAUUUCUUUGACCUGUGGAAGGAAAAAAUGCUUCAGGACACUGAGGACAAGAGGAAAGAGAGGAGAAGACAGAGAGAGCAGAGGUGUGUUGAGGAUGGAACGUUACAGCGGGAGGUCCGAAAAGUGCGUAAAGCACGAAAUCGUCGUCAGGAGUGGAACAUGAUGGCAUUUGAUAAAGAGCUGCGUCCAAAUCAUCCAGAUCCUCACACUGUCCAGCAGGGGGCGAUAUCUGAUAGCUCACUGUCUCCUGAGGCCAGGUGGAGUGGACACGGACACACACACACGUUUGUGUCGAUAUCCUUACCUCACUGUUCAGACAUUCCUGACCACACCCACUUUCUGCCUGAUCAUGCUUUGCCCAGUUCCAGUGAAGGGGUGGAGCAUGAGUACCAAAGCAUUGGUGGACCAGUGGGCGUGGCUGGUAGUGUUCCUGCUGGAUGCAGUUUAAAUUCGUCUUCCUUUUUGAACAUGCCCACAGGGGGCGGAGUUAAUGGAGACAUCAUACUUCCACCUGUAGAUUAUAGUUUGAUGGAAUAUUAUGCCAGUUCCAGUUCUCUUCCUCCUCCUCCAGCUCCCAUCAUCCCCUCAUCACAGACUGCUUUUGCCACGCUCAUAACACCCCCAGCCCCACCCUCUUCCCAUCCUGGUCCCUCCAGCUCUGCUUUAUCCUAUCCCCUGCCACCUGUCCCACUUCCUGGGCCACUUCUAACCCCACCCCCUCCAGGACCACCACCUCCACCGAUACUUCCUGUUCCAUCUCACCUGGUGGGAAGAGAGGAGGGGCGGAGCCAGGAGUCUCAGACAAUCACAGACAGGCGCAGUGACUUGCUGUCAGCUAUACGCAUGGGUAUUCGGCUAAAGAAGGUUCAGGAGCAGCGAGCAAUGAGGGAAUGUUCAGAAAAUGAUGUAGCUUCCAUCCUGUCCAGACGCAUCGCCGUCGAGUACAGCGACUCCGAGGACGAGUCGGAGCUGGACGUCAACGACUGGUCUGACUGA